AUGAAGGUCUUGGCGGCAGGAGUUGUGCCCCUGCUGCUGGUUCUGCACUGGAAACACGGAGCGGGGAGCCCCCUUCCCAUCACCCCUGUCAACGCCACCUGUGCCACACGCCACCCAUGUCACAGCAACCUCAUGAACCAGAUCAAGAACCAGCUGGCGCAGCUCAACAGCAGCGCCAAAGCCCUCUUUAUUCUCUAUUACACGGCCCAGGGGGAGCCAUUCCCCAACAACCUGGACAAGCUGUGCAGCCCCAAUGUGACCGACUUCCCGCCCUUCCACGCCAAUGGCACGGAGAGGGCCCGGCUGGUGGAGCUGUACCGCAUCAUCGCGUACCUGGGCGCCUCCCUGGGCAACAUCACGCGGGACCAGAAGGUCCUCAAUCCCAGCGCCCACAGCCUGCACAGCAAGCUGAACGCCACGGCGGAUGUCAUGCGGGGCCUCCUCAGCAACGUGCUCUGCCGCCUGUGCAGCAAGUACCACGUGGCCCACGUGGACGUGGCCUACGGCCCAGACACCUCAGGCAAGGACGUCUUCCAGAAGAAGAAGCUCGGCUGUCAGCUCCUGGGGAAGUAUAAGCAGGUCAUCGCUGUGGUGGCCCAGGCCUUCUAGACGGGAGGUCUCAUAGCGCACAGUGACCUGAGAUCUUAGA